CGCUGAUGUGUUGGCGUUUGCCCUCUUGCAAGUUGGUCAGAUUUUUUUUCCGAGUUCCAACAUAAAUUUUAAAUUGUGCCGAAAUUACGCGAAACAAGUACCCCGCCUCGUCGAACACAAUGGCCAACGUAACGAACCUGCUCCACAUCAACGUGGACAAACUGUUCGAGCAGUGCGGCGUCGCGGACAUUGACCUGGUGCACAAGCGUCUCCAGUCGGAGGUGGAACUCAAGCGGGAGGAACUCCGGACGAUGGUUGGGGAGCGCUACCGGGACCUGCUGAAGGCGGCGGACACCAUCGGCGAUAUGCGCACCACGGCCGGGUCGAUAAUCGAGAACGUGGACACGAUUCAGGCGGCCUGCCGGAAGUUGAACGACCACCAGCUGAUUGGCUUCCGGACGGAUCAUCAGCAGCGCAAGUUGCGCAAAACGACGAAUGAUAAUUUCCACGCCGUGAUCGUGCAGAUCAAGCUGCUGACCAGCCUUCCCGAGAUGAUCUGGAGUGCGAUCGACGGGGAGGAUUUUUUCGUGGCGACGCAGCUGUUUAUCUUUUCGCGGCACAUUUCGACGGGCCUGCAGCUGGACUCGAACGCUGCCCUGAUGGCCAAGUUUCCGGUGGCGAAGAAGCAGUGGGCGGUGCUGAGUCAGUUCUUCUACACGAUUAAGCAGAACUGUUCGAGUUGCUUGGAGCGGGAGGAUUUGCAGCCGGAAGUGGCGGCCAAGUGUUUGGCCAGCCUGGUGCUGCUGGAAAGCUGCCAGCUGGAUCAUAUUCUUUCCGUUUUUGUUCAGAUGCGGUUGAAGGCGUUCGCGGGCGUUUUGGCGGAGGGUUCGCGCCACGAGAAGGUUAGAGAUAAAAUUUUAGCUAGUUUGAAGCUGUUGAUGAACACGGUUGAGCUGAUUCACACAUGCUUCGUUGGGGUUGAUGGGUUGUUGAUGCGAGAGUUGAACUUCAUUACCGGUGAGAAUGCCCAACCUACGAUUGGAUUGAUCAAAUCGGAAGAUCCAAAAAUCAUUCAAACAUUGCCGGAUAUAAUCAGCAGAUUUAGACCUAGAAUACAGCUUGAGGCGUUAGGCGAUGAAAGAGUAGGUAAACAUUCAAACAUCUGGCUGCAGAACGUGGAGAAAAUUGCGACGAAUCAGCUGAGCAAGUUGAUGAACCUUGUGCCGUCGAUUAAGGUGCUGCACGAUAUAAGAAAGCUUUCGCUGACGGUGGCCAAGAAGCCGGAAAGUUGGUCUUCAACUUGUGCUGAGUUGUCUCUGCAGGAAUCGUUGGAUUUCUACAGCAAGUUUUAUCAACCGCUGAUCAACGCCAGAGUCAGAACCAUUAUCAAACAGUGCUGGCUGGAAACGAUAGCCCAAAAUGGUGACGACGUUUCAAAGUUGCUUACGAUGAACGCCAGCAACAAACAGCUGAGAGAUGUGAAAUCAUACGUUUGGCAAGAGUCCAGCGAAGAUGUUCCUCUGAACUUGAAGGACGCGCUGGACUGCGCAAAUCUUGCCUCGCAUCAGCUGUUGAUGAAGUCGCGAGCAUUCCCACCUCCGCUGGUUGAGCUGGUUUCCUCUCUGGACAACCGACUGGAAUCGCUCACGAAGGACGUGACGACCUUCUUGGGUGCGUCAACCCCCGAUGAGGCACAACAGUUGAUUGAAUUCUACAGCGAUUGCAGCUCCGAAAGCAUCUCCCAGCUGCUAACAACUAUCAAGUCAGCAGACUAUGAACGUUCGCCGGAAAAUUACGUCCUGUUGGCGAGGCUCCUUGUGGCUUUCAAAGAACUCUGCCCUGCGUUGAAGAAAUGCCUCACGCCGUCGCAGUUGAGCAACGCUGAAACACUCAUGCCCUGGCAAAGUGAAGAUUCCGAGUUGGAUGCCAAGAAAGAUCGCUGGAACAACGCCGCUGGCCUGCUGGACGAAGAAAGCCUCGCAUUCUGGAAGCUUUGGCUGGAGCAGUUUGUUAAGAAGUGGCCCGUCCUUGAAGGGAACGUAGGCUAUCACACGCUGCUGACGGAAUUUCCGCUCUGGGACACGGUGACCAUCGAGGAAAACGACGAGCAAAACCAGCCCGUUCAAUCCACCAUCCGCGUCCCCGCCAUGCCCAGCUUCCCCCUUCAAAAGCUCCUCCACGUGAUCGCCACCCUCCUCAACUCCCUCAUCCCGCACACGAUCCCCAAGCGCAUCAUCUCCCAAAUCCUGGACCUCAUCGGGAACCGUCUCCUCGCCCACUACCAAACCCUCACCGCCAGCGAGUUUAUCCAGCGAAACCAAAACUGCUCCCUGCAGUACUACUUCGACCUCAAAUUCAUCCAGCUCCUGUUCACCGCGGAUCGCGAAAAGAAGCAGCAGACCGACGCCCUGAUCGCCACCUACCGCGCCCACAUCGAUCCGUUCGAUUUCGACGUGUUUCACGCGCACGUCAACGCCAACGUCAAGCGGGCCGUCACGCGGAUGCAGCACUUCUUCGGCGUGCUGCUCGUCAACGGUGAGCCGGCUUUGGGGGGGUCGGCGACGACAACGGCCAACAAAAGUGGUCAGGACCGGAAUCCGAACAUUUUGGCGCUCGCCUCGAACAGCGCGAGUGAAACGUGGUUCCCGCUGUUGCCGAUUGUGACGAAAGAGGCGACGGCGCAGGGCAAUGCGGGACAGGAUGCGCCGAAGGUGGCCAAAGUGGCGGAUGAGAAGCAGAAGCAGCCCGGUGGCCGUGCCCCACCCAGAGAGAACCAAGCGCCCCCGAAAGCCAGGGAACCCUCCCGGGAGCCUCCCACGCCGUCGUCAUCAUCAUCCGCCGUAACGGCCCAAAAUUACGCCAAGGGUGCGGCUGCAUUCUUCGGCUUGGACAAGGACUGGUUCCGGUAAGAAGGGGAAGGAAACAAGAUAUUUUUUUCCGAUCUAAUAUUAACCGUUGCACCGUUUUUUGCGUCUUUAUUAAGGUCACCUAAUUUUAAUGCGUCUUAAGUCUUAUUUACAAUAUCUUAACGUUAAAAAUAAACAAAUAGAGAAGAAACAAAAUAAAUACUUGCAAGUUUAGAGAGUUAUAAAUUUA